AUGGCGGGCGCGGGGCGGCUGCACGACCUGGACCUCAGCGCCGAGGAAGCGGAGCGCCUCCGACGCGCCUUCCGCGACGAGAAGUUCCGCGCGCUGUUCGCCGAGUACGCGGCGGAGCUCACCGACCCGGAGCAGCGGCGCCUGUACGAGGAGGAGGUGGCGGCGCUGGAGCGGGAGCGCGGCGUGGAGGUGCGCUUCGUGCACCCCUCGCCGGGCUUCGUGCUGCGGACCAGCCAGGAGGGCUCCCGCCGCUGCUACAUCAACGUGUGCAGCAACGCGACGCUGGCGGAGCCGCGGGCCCACGCCGAGCGCGGCGGGCAGCGCUGGGCCCUGCCCUACAGCCUGGCGCCGGGCCGCGAGGAGCUGCGCCGCGCCGGCCGCCGCCGCCUGCUCUACGACGUGGUGUUCCACCCGGCCGCGCUGCGCCUGGCGGCCCGCAGCGCCCCGUUCCGCCGCCUGCUCUGCGACACGGCCCUGGACGCCGUGGAGCGGCACUGCGGGGUGCGGCUGGACCGCGCCAACGCCGCCGUGCUGCGGGGCACCCGCUACAAGGGCGUCCCGCAGGCGCCCGUCAUCCGCUCCCCGCUGCCCGGCGGCGCCGCGAAGCCGCCCGACGGCGAGGAGUCCCCGCUGCCGCCCUUCCCCUACCCCGCCCCGCCGCCGGCCGACAACGGGGAUUCACCGCCCUGCCCCGCCCCGCCCGCCGCCGAGGCCGCCCCGCCCGCCGGCCCCACCACGCCGCGCUGGAGCAUCCGCCACCGCUCCUACGUGGACCUGCAGGACUACCGGCACAGCCGCGACUCGGCGCCCAGCCCGGUGCCGCGGGAGCUGGUGGUGACGGUGGAGCUGCCGCUGCUGCGCUCGGCGGCGCAGGCGGAGCUGGAGAUCCGCGGGCGGGAGCUGCGGCUCGACUCGCUCCGUCCCGCCUACCGCCUGCGUCUGCGCCUGCCCUACGACGUGGACGAGAGCGGCGGCCGCGCUUCUUUCAGCCGGGCCCAGCGGCAGCUGCAGGUCACGCUGCCCGUGGUGCCGCCGGCCCCCGCCGGCCAGCGCCGCGAAGGGGCCGAGCCCGUGGCACAGGGGCCGGGAGAGCCGGCGGAGGCUGGGCCGGGCGGCGGGGCCGCUCCUCCCCCGGGCCCCGGCGGCGCGGCCUGCAGCACGUGGGGCGGCGGGGACACCGGGGAUCCACCCCGGGACCCGCCCACCGAGCCCCCCGCUGAACCACCCGCAGAACAAUCCGCUGAUUCCCACGCUGAACUCCCCGCAGAUCCACCUGCUGAACCCCUUUCCGAACCCCGCGCUGAACGCCCCGCUGGACCACUUUGUGGUCCACCCGCUGACCCACCCACCGAGCCCCGCGCUGAACUCCGCUCUGAGCCCCCCGCUGGACUCCUCGCUGAGCCUGCUGAACCCCUGGUUGGCCCACCUACUGAACCACCCGCAGAACCCCUCACUGAACCAUCUACUGAAUCCCCCGCUGAUCCACUCGCUGAACCCCAAAAAACACCUGUCGAGCCCCUCGCCGACACUGAACCGCCCGCUGAACCCCCCUCUGGACCACCCCCUGAACCACCUCCUGAGCCCCCCAGCCCACCACCAGGCUCUGGCGCUGCUCCCCCCACCGCCAGCCCCGAGCGGGCCGCAGAGCACAGCCCCGGCAUGGGCGCCACGUGCCCUCCCUUCCAGGCCCGGCAGGACGAGGCGUCCCUCACCCUGCUCCUGAGAGUGCCCGGCAUCCACCCCCGGAGCCUCUGCGGGGACGUGGGCACCCACCACUACAGCCUGCGCUUCUCCAGCGACAGCGGGGCCUUUGCCCUGUUCCUGCAGUUCCCUCCCGCGAACAGGCUCGUGUCCCCCGAGACCGGAGUCAGCGUCUCUGCCCACAACGCGGUUGUGGAGCUGGCCAAGGCCCCCGGCAGCACCGGGCCCUGGCAGAAGUUCAGCUUCGGCCUCGACCCCUCGGCUCUGCAGGAAAGAUUGUUUGUCACUGAAGAGAACGUUGAUGGAUUUCUAGGCACUGCUUUAUGCCCUUCCUCUUGCUCCCAAUCAGCACUGGAAAGCCAGCCAUUAAUUGAAGUGCUGGAUGUUUCUGAGGACAGAAUUCAAAUCAGGGUGGAGCCACAGGACCGUGAUGGAGCAGGAACACUUGGCAGCUCAGGGGGAGACCUUGCUGGAAAGACCAACGGUGACUACCCCAAAACAAAGGCACAAACAAACUGUCCCGCAGCUGAUGGAGAACGUGCUGCAGGAGCCAACACGGCUCCCACAGCUGAAACAAUAGGAAAAGUAGGUUGUAGUUCACACCAUUGUUUGGAGCACCAACCUCCUGACACCAGUUCUGUGAUCACUGGGGAAUCUGGGAGAAGGGAACCAGAUUUGGAAAACGCUGCCGCAGCCACAGCCCCGGGCUCUGGAAAACAAGGAGAGCUUCUGCCAGGGGGGCAGGAGGCAGUGGAAGGGCACGAGGAGGCUGCACCCCCAGGGCUGGACAGCAGGGCAGCCUCCCCUGUCCUACGAGAAGUGAACCUUGAGGACGGGAGCGAGCGGGUCCUCAGGGAUCACGUAACGCGCUGCCCCGUCGUGUUUCAGAAUUCCUUGCUGUAUGAGUUGGAUUAGCUUAAUGGCUUUAGGAUUUCCUUCUGUUGUUUGAUGCUUACUGUGACUUCCACGUGCUGGUGGGUGGCUUCAGGGCUCGGAGGUCCCCACUGGAACCCUUUCAACAUCAAAACCUUACGUUGUUACAGUUUUUGCAGUUAAUAGAUCUGUUUUCUAAUCACAUGUAUGGGCUGAAGUAGUUUUAUUACAGGAAAGAUGCAGUUGGAAGUGAAUCCGAGCUCCUGGAAGAAAAUGUAUCUUCAUUGUUUACAUAACUUUUUUAUUCUCUUGCCAGAUUUCAGGGAUUAUUUGUAUAUAUCCUUGGUUUAAUGGCUCCCUUGGGAAUUGAGCCGUAUUCAUCAUUUUCAAACCUUUCAUUUUGUGAUAACUGCAGGAUUAGACUCGCAGUGAUUUUUAGCAAUCAAAUGAAAUUUCUAAUUACCCGGAGAAGUUCUAAUUAGUCUCCUAGAAAUAAUCAACAUCUACACCCUGUAUUCCAUCCUAGUGCAGUGCUUUGCAGCACCCAGCCGUCCCCCAGCUGAACAAAUUCCACUGCACAGUAACGACAUCCUCUGGGUGCACGUGUGCUCUGAAGUAUUUACAGUUUGGGAGAUGGAUUCCCUUUAUCCAGAUUUAUGUUCAGUUUCCCUCGAGUUUCCAUGUGCUUGUUGCUGGUUCACCUCUACAGUGCCAUAACCGAAAGAACACGUCUAAUAAUAAACUUCCAGUUCCCUUUCUCACUGGUGCUGAACCAACUUCUGUUUUUGU